UGCAUGACUAUAUCAAACAGAGAAACACUUAACAUUGUUAUCAUUGUAUGGUUUGGUGUGUUAACAAUUACCUUUCUAUAGACUACUAUGGAUGCUUUGGCUGCCAAGAACAAAGAGUCUCUCUCUUUCCAAAGAAAGAUAAAACUAGAGGUUGAGCCUACACAGUGGACCCAUCAUCGGGGAGGAUGGAGCUAUGUCCUCCAGCUAAUGAAUGAUAGUCUUGUAGCUAAAGAUGGUGGUACUCUUCUCAUCAGUGCAGUUGAAGAAUGGAUCAGUGAUGAGAAGAUUAUCAGUGAGCCAUGGAUUGGAUUCAUACACCAGGUCCCUAGGAAUAAUUAUUUUUAUUAUCCUGACCUGGAGAGAUUGGUAGAGGAUGAGCACUUCCUUCACUCUCUUCCUUACUGUCGCGGCAUUUUUGUUCUGUCUUGUGUUGUGAAGGAUUUUCUGCUCCAACACUUGAAAGGAAUAGUACCAGUAGCUGAGGUACUCUACCCUUUUACUCCAUUUCCGGAUAGCAAAAUGUUCGAGUGGUCAAAGUUUGACGGGAAGGUCAUAUUUAUUGGCGAGUUUCUAAGAAAAUUUCAAGAUUUUUAUGAUCUGGUCCUACCAGAAGGAAAAGGUCUUAGGAAGAUACUUGUAAAGUCUGAGGGAGUCCGGUUUGAUAGACUUCGUGACUGUAGCAUGAACCCGCUCAAACUUGCAACCAAUGAUUCCGUUGAGGUCAUAGAAGAGAGGCUGAGUAAUGAGGUCUAUGAUGAAUGGCUUAGCUCUAGUGUUGUAUUCCUCAGUCUCUUUGAUGCACCAGCUAAUACCACCGUCAUCGAGUGCCUAAGUAGGAACACUCCACUGGUCAUCAACCGGUUACCGGGGAUAGAGGAGUACCUUGGGAAGGAGUAUCCACUUUUUUACGAUUCUCUUCAAGAAGCGACAGAUAUUCUAGCUGAUGAUGCCAAGUUGAAAUAUGGCACUGAGUACCUCCAAUCUCUUCCAAUUAAAUCAAAAUUAAGUGGAGAUCAAUUUAUACGCAGUUUCAGCAAUACCUCCAUAUACAGAUCUCUUCCACUCCCUCCGUCAGAAGCCAAGGACCCAACUCAGACCUCUUUUCCACAAUACGACCUGACGGUCAUCAUCUGUUCCUACAAAAGAGUGUAUAACAUCCAAAAGAUACUGGAGGCUUUCAAGGGGCAGGAUUUUGAAGGGAAUUUUGAGAUAAUUCUUUGGAACAAUAACCCCGAGACACAGAGCGAGCUGUCACAAAUUGUCUCCAAAUUUAGGUCCAAGAUGGACAUACGACUCAUCCAGUCUUCAGAGAACUAUUACUGCAUAGUUCGUUUAGCCGUAGCUCACUUGAUGCGAAGUGAGUUCUUACUAAUCUGUGACGAUGACGUUAUACCACGUCCAAACUACGUAUCAACAUUCACUUCCAAGUAUAAAGAAUACGGACCAAAGGCCAUCCUCUGCUGUAGGGGACACGUGUUUGCUCCUCACGAGGUCAACGUUGAGAACCCAAAGGUUUUUUGGGAGACCUACGAGCACCUGAGGUUUUACGAUGAGAGUAAACCUGACAGACAGAUUCAUUUUGUCCAUGCUGAUAAUUGCUUCAUUCCUCGUAAGCUACUGAUUGAAGCUAGUACUUAUCCCAUGCCUAGUCCUGACACUGCACUGGUAGAUGAUUACUGGCUUUCCUUUGUUCUCUCUCAUCAUCUUGAUGUUCCUCUCUGGAAGAUUUAUGGGAAGGAUAUAUUUGACUCAACCCCUUGCUCAGAAAAUGCUGAGAUUGCUCUUUAUUUUAACAAGAGGGUUGAGAAUGAGAGAGUUAAUUUUUACGUGUAUCAUACUAGCAAAGGCUGGCCAAUUAGUCGACCACUAAAAUUUGAUUAAUACCUUUAGUAUUAUUAUUAUUAUUAUUAAUAUUAUUAUUAAUAUGCUGUUUUACUUACUAGUGUGCAUAGUUAAUUUUUGUAAUAAUUAUUAUAGAAACCCAACCCAUCAUAGCCAAACUGCUGAGAGUGCAUUUGAUGCUAUAACACUCAUUAUUCCUUAUAAGGUCAUUGGGUUUCAAUGGGUGUAUUCUUGGUCUUCACAUUGUGGAUAAAGUCCAUCAUCAAAGCACUCUACCUUCGACUGCCUUACUUCAAUAAAAGUUUCAUGAUCCUUAGUUCGGGGCGAUCAGGCUCAACGCUUUUGGUCCAAUAUCUCAAUUACCAUCACUCAAUAAAGUGUCACAGUGAGUUACUCAAUCGGGAAGAACUCCGUAACUAUCGUAUCAGUGUUGGCGGGUCUGGUGGAAAGGGGGUGCCCCUUGUUCGUUAUUUAUUAUCUCAACUUCUUCCUCUCAAUCCAUUCAAGCCGUGGACUGGUUUUAAACUUUUUAACGAGCAGCUGGAGUAUUGCAGCCUCCCUCUUUCUCAAAUCACAAAAGCUCUGUGUAGCCCCCCAGUUAUUGUACUCUACAGGGAGAACAUACUAGAGACAUUUGUGUCUUUGAAAAUUGCUGAGAGAAACGGGAUAUGGUUUUCUGAGGACACAGUCAAUUCUUGCUCACUUGAAGUUGACUGGGAGGAAUUUCAUGAGUAUCGUCUGGUAGAAAGAGACCGGUGGAAGAAGAGCGUGAGUGAGUUAUUUUCCUCUAUUUCAAAUAAAAUAUUAUUCAUCUCGUUUGAGGAGAUCGUCUCAAACAGAGACGAAGCCAUGGAGAAGGUUUUUGGAUUUUUGAAUCUGCAAAGUUGUUAUGUUGAGGCUUGUUCCAAGAGACAAAACCCACAACCUCUGGAGGAAAAAGUCUCCAAUUAUUCUGAUAUUUUAGACAAGGCUAGGAAUGAGAGUGUAUCAUUAAUGCUUACUAAAGACUGGCUGCAGGAAUGCAUGAACAAUGAGAUUUAAAAACUAUAAAUUAUGAUUAGAGUAUUUUUGUUCAUUUUGAAUGAGUUUAAUUUUCAUUUUUGAAUGAAAGAACAACCUCCUGCGUA